AUGCGGGCGUGGAAACACGAUGGCGGCUCGUUUCUCCGAGAUGGGACGAGCCUCACGUGGCACGAGGUGGACAACAGCGGUAGCCGCAUCGCCUCCUUCACGGAGCACUCACGACAGGAAGGCCAAGUGGUCCUCUUUGACGAGCGCCGCAACAUGCACCUGCUGCUGCGCUCCGACCUCUGCGCGGUGCGGAACAACGGGGAGCAGAACUUCCGUCAACUGUACGCAGGGAAGUUCCUCAAAACAGUCGACUGCACGUAG